AUGAUGAUCAACGCUACUCUCCCCACAGAGACCGUGGGCAAUAACCAAUCGCAACAAGAACAACAACCUCUAGACACCAAGGCAAGCGAGACCAAUAACAACAACAACAACGGAACUAGUGUUAUGAAUGAUCAUCAUACGAGCACGUCUACUUCAUUCACCAACAACAAUGGUCUUAUUUCUGCAACAACUAGUAGUGGAUCAUCAACACCAAGAAGGUUGCUUAUUAAAGACACGCUGCUCUCAUCCAGCGAUGGCUUCUCAUCUCUCAUGAAUAAUAAGAGAAGAAUCAGGAAGCGAAAGGAACAUCCAUCCGAAGCCGUGAGCAACAACUCUGACCACAAUGAUCAUCAUCAAACUAACAACAAUCAUCAUCACGUGCACGUCGACAAAAACUCAACCACACACCACCAACAACUCACCAAACGAACCAAAUCCUCACUGCCAUCAUCAGCAAAACCCAUUGAGUAUGCGAGUAAUUCAGCCUUUCUUCUUUCCAACAUUUUGCAAGCCUCUUCUCUAUUCUCAUGUAGUUACAACAACACAACUCUAAGCUAUGAUCCUAACGCAGUGCUCGAGUGUCCAUGGAAGAUAAAGGGAAACGAGAAUAGCAAUUCGGGCGAGUCAUCAUUGUGUCUUGCUCUUGAGGAACCAGCUAAACUUGAAAACAGAUUGAAACGUUUACUUGUUGCAACAACAAGAUCUAGGGUUUCCUCAUCAUCCUCAACACCGUCAUCCAAAUAUACACUGCAAAUUGAUCCUUACUGUACACUCAUGCUCACGGGAGGAAGAAUUUAUGCAGAGAAUUUGGAUCAUCCUUUCGCAGGUGAUUCAAACAACAACUUGUUGACUCAUCAAGCCUUCAAUGUACUCAUUCACGGGUUGCAAGAUGAACAAUUUGUCAUCCUCCAACUGCACACUCAUCUCUUGUUCAGCAAUGUAUUUGUUGUCUACUCGAGAUUUGGUAAUCUCGGAUCCAGUGGUAAAACAUACUCUCGUUUAUUCGACAACGCACAUCACGCCAAACAAUUCUUUGCUAAUUCCCUUCAAUCUCUUCUGGGGUUAGACUUGGAUGAUGAGGAGAACAACGGAACGAUGAGCAGCAACAUGGAUCUAUCGGUGGUGGGAUCUUGUAGCAAAGUUUGUUAUCAAGUGCCCCGAAUUCCAUUGUCGAUGCAUCUCCAACAAUAA